AUGAGCGCCGUGCUUGUCGACACCUGUGGUCGCGAGCACCGGCUGGAAAGGGCUGUGGUGGCUGAACCUGGCUCCUACGGCGCACUUUUCGCACGGGCCGCGACGUACCGUGCCCAAUGCCUCACCCCUCCAGGCACGGAGGACGUAUCACGACGUAAAGAGGCCAGCAGUGGUGAGUCGCACUCCAAGUCAUUCGCAAGCGCUGCACUGGUCACCUACAUUCCACUGACUACCUCUCUUCAGGACCCGGCCACCACCUCUGAAGCAGCCUCGCUGGAUCUCGUCCUGCAGAACAUCAGGCUUCGCCGGCAAGUGGAUCACCCUUUUCUGCGCGCACUGAUAGAUGCCUUCUACACGGAUCAGGUGUUGAGCCCUCCAACGUGGGCCAGUGACGGCGCCGACAGCGUCAAUGUGAAGACGUGGCCCGGAGCGUCUCUGCUGAGCACACCACCACCACGCGAGAACCACGCGAAAGAGGCAGACAGCGCACAGGACACUGAAGGCCCCACACGGCCGGCCGGCCCAACGGCAUCCGCGCUGACCUCUUCAUGGACGAUAGUCGCGCUGGUAGUAGUCGAGGAGUACGUUGAGGGCUGUUCGCUCGCUGACUACGCCGACGCUGUGGCGAAGCGGCAUAUUAAGAGAAGCAACCGCAAGAUGCAGGAGGAUGCGGCGGCUAUUUCGCGCCAACUCGCUGAGCUCCUGCUCCACUUGCACGCUGUCGGGCAUGUCUUGUGCCCUGAUAUUCCCCUCGACUGCGUCCACUUGGACCUGAAGAAGGGAUGCGUGCGCGUUCGGCUUCCUCUCAGUGCUGCGGCUGCGCUCGAUGUAGUGGAGAAGUCGACUGGUGCUGCACUGGCAGUCACCACGACGUUGCCGUACAUGGCGUCUAUAGACACCUCAACGAGAUCUGUACCCGGCGAAGGAGGAUCUUGUGUGUGUGCCCCAGAGAUGUGCGAAAUGUCGUGCUGGAAUGAUGGUACAUCCGUGCCGUGUGGUGUGCUUCCUUUCUCUGCUGAUGUGUGGGCAUUGGGACUUCUCAUGCUACAGCUGUGCUCCUUAAAUCACAAGGACCUCUCCACAGCCACCAAUGCUGCUGAACGCCUUGUCGUGGUGCGCAGUCAUCUGCAUGAACUUGUUAGUCUGCUUCCGUCAGAGAUGGAGAAGGAUAUGGUCGAUCUCAUUCGCAGCUGCCUCGAGUGUUCUCCCGCGCGGCGCCCGACUCUUGGGAUGCUGCUCGAGUCCAGAUGCUUUGCGAAGCUCCGCCCCCUUAGAGUGCGCGAGCCGACCCCAGCUAUCAUGACCCUCGCUGAAGCCGUCAUGACUGUCAAGAACAACGAAGCCUCACCUUCGUCGAUGCAGCCGGUUGCGCGGCACUCGCGAACGAUGAACGCGACCGACACGAACCUGCCUGGCGUGGUUGCUGACGACACCUUGGUAUUCCUAUCCCACCAGGUUCUCGCCUGGACGACUCCGCGCAGUUUUCGGGAUGCGUUCGUACCGAUGGUCGAUUCUUUUCUAGGAACAGCUGACCCAUGUGCACUGCUAGACGGCAGUGCAUCAAAGGACCCAACUGCUGCAGCCACCACGCAGCCUCGACAAAGUUCACCUCCGUCGUUGGCCGCAGCAACCAAGCAAGCGCUACAAGAUAUCGCACUUCUGCAUGAGCAGUACCACCGAAUAUGCGUGAUGUCAAGUGACCCCUCAACUCUAGCCACGCCCUGUGUACAACAGAGCACCUACAAAGCGCUGCGUGACCGUGUACAGCGCACUCGGCAGCUGCCGCGCGACAUCACCAGCACUACAACCAUUAUGGAGGAGCUCACUGAGCACUUUGCCAAGCUGGAGCACACUAACCCGAAGCUGUGCUUUCGUUUCAUGGAGCUCCUUUUGGAGGGUUUCACGAACUCUCCGUCGGACGUCGCAGCCCUCAUAGAGACCGUUACCCUUGCUGAAGCACUGCUACACGCUUCUCCCAUGGAUGCGUCGGCCGCUGAGGGCGCUCAACCGAUCCGAGAAGAUGCCUCCCUUAACGAUACAACGGGUAACUCGGCGGCUAACGAAAAGGGGUCUGUUUUCAGCGUGAACGAAACGCUACGUGUGAUGCCCUCCAUGCCCGCCCAUGUAAUUUCCUCUGACAGAGCCGCAAACACCUCCGCUAUUCUCUACAACUCGUGGCUACGGAAGCAGCGAAAAAAACACCUAAAAAUGGACGGAUACUGA